AUUUUAUAUAAUGAGCUUCGAUAUAAAUAAUGUAACUAUUAGACACUUCAGAGAAAUAGAUGCUGCCAAUAUUCCCAAAUGGAUAUUCGAUGUAGAAGGCUGGGGGACCAGUGCAAAAUUUUUUAAAAGCUGUUUCAAAGUUGACCCGUUAGGUUGUUUUAUAGCCGAAUUACCUAAUCUGGAGAUAAUAGGUAUUUGCUUAGGCCUCAAUUUAAGCGAUGAUUUCGCAUUUGGAGGGAGUCUCGUGGUUAGGAAAGAAUAUAGGAGAAAGGGUGUGGCUAAUCUUUUAUGCAAUGAGAGACUCAAGCAUGUUCAAAAUAGAUUGUUCGGCAUCAAUUCCAUCGAAAAUAGAAUUGCGACUAAUAUAAAAUCAGGAAUGAGUUAUCCAAUUUUUACAGCUCAGAUGUUGAUAGGUGAUGUGAAUAUCUCAGCACUUAAAAAAACGUUAAACUUAAUUAAUAAUGAGAAGCAAAAAAAGAAAGAUGAUACUAUCCACUAUAUUCUAUUCCUUCCACAUCUAAUUAAUGAACAAUUGCUACAACAAAUAAUUUCCUAUGACGAGCGCAUUCAUGGUAUUAAUAGAGACAUAUUUCUAAGAUCCUUAUUCGAAAAUGAUGAAAAGAUUGUUCAAAAUAAUUCAAACGAACUCGAUAAACAAGAUAUUAUAGGUAUGCUAGCGUUUAGAUUUAAUAAUGAUAUAUCCCCACCGAUCACUGUUAACUCUAAUUAUGAGAUGAAGAAUGUAGGGAAUAUAUUAUCGCACUUAGAAUCAAACCCAAUAGAUAUUUUAGGUUAUGGUUUAAUAUAUAAAAAGUAUAUAGGAUGGAACAUAGCUCCAUUAUACGCCGAAAAUGAAAUGAUCGCAUUACAGAUAUGGCUAAGAUUACUAUCUAUAUUCUCCGGUGUUAUUAGAGUCGAUAUAAUUAUUCCGGAAGAUAAAAUCAAAUCACAACUCUUUAUUAUGAUACAAAAUAUGGGAUUAAAAAAUGAAGCAACUAUUUACAGAAUGUAUCAUUCUAACAAAUUAGAGGCGGGGGAUGGUGUUAAUUUAAAUCCUAAUUUUUUGAUUCAAUACGUUUACGGUAUGACUAGUAGCAGCGCAUCUUUAGUAUAA